AUGACAUUCACGGUCACAGAACAGCUCCUCGCGAUCGACCAUAUAGUCGACCGUAUCAUCUCAUACACCGACCGCCGCAGCUUGUCACGCAUGAUGAGUGUCAGUAAGGCGAUGUACCACCUUGUGGCUCGUCCUCUCUACAGAAACGCCGCCGUCUGGGAAGAGACCAUGAACUCGUUCAUGCUGGGUGCUACCCAGCAAUGCGAGUGUGAGAAGUGUAUCGCCCGUUUCAAGGAAGACUACGGCUAUGAUGUCAAGACGGGCAAGUUUACGCCGUGGGGUGCAGCUACAAACCAGCCUCACCGUUACGGCAAGUACACCUCCAACCGUCCCACCGAUGCCGAGCUCAAGGCCCAGCCCAGGAAUGAGGCCAUGCAAAAGGCCAGGCAACAGGCCAGAAGCAUGUGCGCUCAUAAAGAGGAAAUCGCCACGCCCAAGACCGUCGAGGAGCUGGCUGCCGAGCGCGACGAGUGGAUUCCCGACUUUCACAAGACCGGGCGUCAGGCUACUGGCAAGAAGACUCAAGGACGCAAGAACAAAGGAAACAAAAUCAAAAGGACGCCACGCAAGGGCGGUAAAGCAGCCAAGAACACCACACCCCCAUCAUCGUCGUCAACAAUCGCCGAGGCCAACGCGGGCGUCAAGCCUGCCUCGAACGACGACAAGGGCAGUAUCGCUACGCUGCAUCACCAUGAAAGCGCUUGCAGUGGCUAUGGCAACCCGUUGGCCAAGUACGUCACCAACCUUGAGGUGCUGCGCAUCGUUGAGACGCCCGUGGGAGCCACACACUGCUUCUACAUCUGCGAGAACAUCCCUCACGGCGAGUGCAACAUCAUCGACAAACUCAAGCCCCACAAACUCGUUAUCCGCAACGUUUGGGGAGGUUCGGUGCCCUUCGCCGAGAACUGGAGCCUUCCCCGCGAGACUAAGGAGGUCGUGGUCAUACUGCCCACCGCUCGCGAUCGUUACCAGAUAGGCGGACCCACACGUCUUACCCGAUCGUACUUUGGUCAGUUCACCAAUGCCAAGAGCGUCAAGCUAGUGUUUUGGCCAGACUGGGACAUCUCUUUGACUCUGCACCCCCUUGCCAAGUUGCGUCGCCAGGCUUUGGGUCCAUUCAACGACGCCGACCUUGACCGCAAGUCUCCCAUCUUCGUCGAUUACAUCGCCGACGUGCUUCGCACCCUCACCUACGCUCGCAGUUCCCUCUCUGGCAGCAAUCCUAUGGUCACCGUUUAUGGCCUUGAAACGCUCCGCCUCACUGGACACAAUGGCAUGUCGACUUUGGUUCGCGCGUACAACAAGACUCACCCACACGGUCCUGCGCCAAACCUCCAGUCUCUCGUCAAGGCCCACGUGUCCGCCGUGCAGACUACAAUGGCCUAUCCUGAUGGUCAAAAUGAGGCUCCCAUCAUGCUCGGAUCCUGCCCAGUUCAGUGGCGAACCAUUGGCGCAUACAUCGAGAACCUCGACGCCCGUGCGGGUGAGAUUGACGAGUUUGACUGA